GAGAUGUGAUCAGAAUUGAUCAAAAUUUGUUCUAUAUGAUUCCACUCCUCAUCUCCAUGUUUAUCUGGUCAGUGACCAUAGGACACAGUAUUUCUUAAAUGACGGACUCUUCGGGCACUGCCAGGGUACCAUGGAGCCAGCCAGGACCCAGUAUGACAUAUCAGCGGCUGUCCUACAACGUUUACAAGAGGUGUUGAAGCAGCUGAUGUUACAAGGGUUGUCAUGGCAAGAUGACGUCACCCAGUAUGUGAUCUCCAUGGAGAUGGAAAAGGUCCCAAAACUCCGCCCCCCGCAGCACCGAUUGGCCACAGUGCCUUUGGCAGAUGAGAGAUUCCAGCAGCGUGCGGGCAAAGGUGUUUACCCAGCGGGUGUUUCCAUGCCGGCGGUGGAGCAAUGGUCACCCUCUCAGAUCCGUCGUUAUCUGCAGUUCAUCCUCUUCGGCAACCAGCCUCGGCUCCACCCUGAAACCAGUAUUGAAGCAGCGCUGUUGGAACCCUAUCUGUUUCCCAAGUUUGGUUAUCGAGACAGUCCACUGGAAGCGGUUGGCAGAAAAACCCGUCCUUUCCCAGCCGGCACGCCUCAUCCCCGCCAACACAGCGAGCCACUGAGAUCUCGGAGGCAGGUGCCUGUGAUGCCUGACCCUAGUUGGAGUGGCCCUGAAGCACUGAGCCAGCAGGAGUGGGGCUGGAAACAGCUGCGGGAUCUAAUGGGGUCCUAUUUAUUUGAACAGAGUGGGAACAUGUUCCAGCCCAGCGUGCAGCAGGAGAGGGCCCAUCACUGGACAGUGGGCCAUCACAGAGCCAACGGUCAAGACUACGCCCACAACUAUGACCUGGGCUAUGGCGAGAUGCAAAAGCACCUGAACAGGAUGAGCGAUCAGAGUUCUGGGCCCCGUGACCCCCGACCUCAGGAAGAGUCAGCUGCUCAGAGGAUAGCCGUGGAGCUGGGCAAGUACGGCAUCGAUCUCCGAGACCUCAGCGACCAGCAGCUUAACGGCGUGUCGACGGCAAUCCUUCAGCUCAUGAAGGCGGCCAGCCAGCCUGACCCAGCUCCGAUGGAAAGGGGGAGUCCCAUACAGAAGAAGGCCUCCGUGAUGGAGGGGACCAUGGAGCAUCGGAAGGAGGCGGAAUCGCGGGAGAGCAGUGAGCCCCAGAUCCCGGGCCUGGAGCUCAUCCUGUCACCCAGUCCCUCCGGCAUCGCGACAGCUGCAGGGAGGAGGGGCGGCGAGGAGGAGGAGGAGGAGGAGGAGGAGGAGGAGGUGGCGGCGGCAGCGGCCAUCGUGGCAGGCUCCAGUCCGAGCCAGGCCGCCGGCGGCCCGAGGCUCCAGGGGGCGGCCGUGAAACCGGGCGAGUCACGGGAGGACCUGGAGAACUCCGGGCAACUGCUAGAACACGGCGAAGGCCCAACCCCUGCGACCUCACCCCAUAAAGAGGAAUACGCCUACAUCGUCACCAACAAGAAGCCCCUGACUCUGUCCGAUGGGAUUAAGUUACUGGAGUCCUUGGCUCACCAGAUUCACCUCGCGACUGUCAGCUUCAUCAACAUCAGUGUGAUUGGACCAGCUUUAACAUUCAGAGUGCGGCACAACGAUCGAAAUCUCACCAUCGCUGAGGUUGCUGACAAAGCCAUUGCUGACAAGACGAUCUUGGAAGCGGAGACUGGUUUGAAAAUCGUGCAGGCUGGCGUGGGUGAGAGGAAUGCGUUCCACUCGCUGCCAAAACCAGCAAGGCACAGCAACACGUUCCGUUUCCUGCUGUUGACCUUUAUCGCUGUAGCUUGCAUCGCUGGCAUCCUCAUUGCAGGAGCAGUUAUCUUCUGCCUGAGACAGAAUGCCAAGCAGCGUCAGAAGGAGAAACUGGCUGGACUGGGCCCCGAGGGAGGAACUGACACCUCACUCGAAUAUCAGGCCACGCCUGAGUUAUGCCGACAGCACAUGGCAGCCAAAUCGUCUUACACCCGCACGGAGACAGUGGGCACAUCCCGGGUCAGUAGUGUGUCGUCUCAGUUCAGCGACGCUCCGCAGGCGAGUCCCAGCUCCCACAGCAGCACCCCCUCCUGGUGCGAGGAACCCGUCCAGUCCAACAUGGACAUCUCUACCGGCCACAUGAUCCUGGCCUACAUGGAAGACCACCUGAAGAUCAAGGACCGUUUGCAUAAGGAAUGGGAAGCUCUGUGUGCCUACCAGGCUGAACCUAACUCCUGCUCCAUUGGACAGAGCGAGGUUAACAUCAAAAAGAGCCGAAAUCCCGACUUUGUCCCCUAUGACCAUAACCGCAUGAUUCUGAAAGCAGAGCUCAAUCCAUCCAGGACAGAUUUCAUCAACGCCAGUCCAAUCAUUGACCAUGACCCCCGAAUGCCAGCCUACAUUGCCACCCAAGGCCCCCUCUCACACACCAUCUCGGACUUUUGGCAGAUGGUCUGGGAGAAUAGCUGCACCGUGAUCGUCAUGCUUACCCCAUUGGUGGAAGAUAGCGUUAAGCACUGUGACCGGUACUGGCCAGAUGAAGGUUCAUCUCUCUACCACAUCUACGAGGUCAAUCUGGUCUCCGAGCACAUCUGGUGUGAGGACUUCCUGGUCCGUAGUUUCUAUCUGAAGAACCUGCAAUCCCAGGAGACGCGGACGCUCACCCAGUUUCACUUCCUGAGCUGGCCAGCAGAGGGCAUCCCAUCCUCCACUCGACCACUGCUGGACUUCCGCAGGAAAGUGAACAAGUGCUACAGAGGACGCUCCUGCCCCAUAAUCGUUCACUGCAGUGAUGGGGCCGGAAGAACUGGAACGUACACCUUAAUCGAUAUGGUCCUCAACAGAAUGUCCAAAGGUGUGAAGGAGAUUGAUAUCGCUGCUACUCUAGAACACAUACGAGAUCAAAGGCCUGGCAUGGUGCGCACUAAGGACCAGUUCGAGUUUGCAUUGACUGCCGUGGCAGAGGAAGUGAACGCCAUUCUGAAGGCGCUGCCUCAGUGA